AUGAAAAAGAGAAGACUUUUUUUAAGGACAAAAACAUAAUUUUAAACUGGUGUUCAUUGCGAAAUACUGCACCCACUGGAACUCACUGCAAUGAACGAGAGCGCACUAAUGUAUGCGUAGCUUACCAGAAAAAAACGCUUUCGGAGAAUUUUCAUGCAAAUAUUGUGUUUCAGACACGCCCGAUAAGCGCUGAAUCCUCGGUCAGAAUAAAGUUAUCGGAGCACUGCUUUGUUCGUCGUGUACAGAGAAUACAGUGUAGCGCGCUGUUCUCGUCGCAACGAAACGCCAGGGUGUUCUCUUGAGAAUGGACUGCACACUGCCCGACAAAAGUCUUGUCUUCUCCGCAAUUCGUUUAAUUUCCAUACCUAGUAUCAUCUAUUUCUUCGGGUAUCGUUCCCAAACGCGCCAAUGAAAUUUCUAUCAAUAUGUUAUGCAUGGUCGGCCGUAUCCGCAGCCAUUGUGGGUAUUGAUUUCGGUCACAAGUACACCAAGGCCAUGAUGGUGGCUCCAGGAAUCCGAUUUGAAAUCAUUCCAACGGACGGAGGAAACAGAAAAGAUCUCUCUGCGAUUUAUGUUGAGCCAAAAGUAAGCAAAGGUGAACUUGAAGAUGUAGAAAGAGCAUAUGGUUCGCAAAUAGGAUCUCUCUGUUCGAGGUCUCCAGAAUCUUGUGCUGCGAACUUGAAAUCAUUGCUCGGCAAGACUACGAACGACUCAUGGGUUGAAGCCUAUUUGGAGCAGAACCCUCAUUUCAACAUUGUGCCCAAUAAUGAAAGACAAGAUGCUAUUGCAUUUGAAUUGGGCCGCUCUGGAGAGUCUUUUACUUUUUCUGCCGAGGAGCUUGCUGCCAUGUCACUCGCAGACUUGAAGGAACGUGUGAUCAAAGCUUUGACCCAGCACCCGCAAGCCCGGGCCAUCGCCGAAGAUGUGGCUAUGUCAAUUCCACCUUUUUCGAACCAGAUAUCUAGGCUUGCAUUCAGAGAUGCCCUACACUUGGCCAACUUUUCUUCAGUUUUGGGCUUGGUUGACGAAGGAUGUGCAGCUGCAUUGGCAUACGUGUCCGAUAAGAAGCUUGCGCCUGAAGAAUACGAUAACAACACUGUUCAUCAGAUCAUCUAUGAUAUUGGCGCAGGUUCAGCUACCGCCACGUUGUUCUCGUUUACUCCUUUCGAAAACAGAACUAUCUUGUUGGAUGUUCAGUCAGUAGGCUUCGACGAUUCAUUGGGAGGCGACUUGUUGACUCAGCAUGUCUAUGAAAUUCUUUCGAAGAAGUUUCGUGAAAAGUUCAAAUUAGAUGAAGCCUUUGAAAUGCCUUUUAGGUUGGCUGCAAGAUUGAUUGAGUCUGCCGAAAAAGCAAAAACUGUCUUGUCUGCUAACGCUGACUCGAUGGUAUCUUUGGAGAGCUUUUAUAAUGAUGAAGACUUCAAAGCAAUGAUCCUGAGAAAGGAGUUUGAAGAUGCUACAUCAAAAUUAAUUGAUCGCGUUAACAAGCCUAUCUUAGAUGCUUUGAGAAAUUCCCCAAGUGGCCCCAAGACAAUUUCUGACAUCGAGUCAGUCAUUUUGAAUGGUGGUGCUACAAGAACACCAUUUAUUCAAAAGCAACUCGUGAACCUCUUGGGAGAGGGCAAAAUUUCCAAGGUCCUUAAUGCAGACGAAGCAUGUGCUUAUGGCACCACUAUUAGAGCCUACCAGUUGAAAAUGAUCACAGGUAGUGGUACUGACGUUAUUUUGAAGGAUCGCAUCUUGAAUGACUUUGAAAUUUCUAUUAAUGGCUCCGAUGAGAAGCAACUUGUAUUCCCAAAGGGUUCGUCCGCAGGGAACACAUCAUUGGUAAACUUGGGUCAAAUCACUGGUGACACGAUUCUCCUUGGAUUACACGAGAACGGCCAGCUUUACGGCUCAUAUAAUGUGUCUAGAAUUGCCUCUAGAGCAUCUGAUAUGACGUGCUUCGCAGAAGACAUAAAUCUAUAUGCUCAGUUUGUGAUUGGAGAAGAUAAAAUUUUCACUCUAGACAACCUAUAUUUGAACUGCAAGGUCACUAAAAAAGCUGAAUCUGAAGAAGUUGUCAUUGAUGAGAAGAAUUCAACUAAACUGAACUCUACCUACAAGAGACCCACAAAAUCCACGGCGAAUGUUUUAGUUCCGGCUAUUUCUUUCACAAGCUUGAGGCCAUACACCGUUUCAGAGAAAAAGGCGUUUUUAUCAAAAUUGAAUCAUUUGAAGGAGUUGGAAAAGGAAAAACUUAUUUUCAAGCACGCAAAGAAUUUAUUGGAGAGCGCCUGCUACAAUUUGCAGUUCUAUAUCGAGGACCACUAUGAAAUGUUUGCGCAAAAUCUUGGCGAGGCGGAGCUCGAGCAAAUUCAAUCAAACGCAGGCGACAUGCUAGAGUGGGUGGAAUAUGAAUCAGAUUCUGCCACUGUUGAAGAGGUUGAAGAAAAGAUGAGAAACGUUAAAGCAUCCAGAAAGUAUUUAGAAGACACCAUGAGGAUGCUGGAUGCUGAUUUGAGCUUAUCAGCCAUGAGAGAUUUAUUGGAUGAAGGAAACCAGCUUUCGCUGACAGUGCAAGACACAUUGUUGGAAUUUGGUUCACAAGCCCAGCAAAUGAGGGAAAAAUACGAAGCCGACGGAUUUGAAUUCGAUAUCGAAAAUGAAAAGAUCAUGAAAAAGAUUCAUGGAAUCAAGCUGUCGGAUCAGCUUGAGUUGGAAAAACAUUUCCUGGAAUUCAAGAAAGCUUUGAAGGAGCUCACGCAAAUGACCAGUGUUUCGCAGUCAAAAUAUGAAAAGUUAGAGCCUCGUACCAAAUUCGAGACCAGUGAAUUAGUCCAUAUGUUGAUGAUCGAAAUGAUAAAAGAUGGUGAAUUACUCAAGAAGCAGCACGAACAACGCUUGACAUACCUUCUUAACCGGUUGGAGAAAUUGAAGGAAAGAAAAAAGCAAAAGGAAUUGAAGGCGAAGUUGAAAGAAGAGAAGGAGAAAGAAAAAGCAGCGAAUGUUGAUGAGGAGGUAGUGGAAGAAGUUGAGAAUGCUUACAACAACACCGAGUAUGGUUUCCCCGAACUGAACAACCAAACGAUAGACUCGGAAAGCAGCAAUGUCGAGAAUGAAAAUGCCGAAGCGGACCACGACGAUGCGAAGAAUCAGGAGCGUACUGAUGAGCACGACGAGUUGUAAGGAAUGCCUUUAUAGAAUCUGCUGCUUCUUCGAAGAAAUGAGAACAAACAAAUAAGAAAUAAAACGUCAUUUUCACAGUCGCGAAAUAUCCAUUGCUUACCUCAGGAAGCUUGAGC